CCCUUACCUGGAAUGCAAACAUAUUUGUGCAACUAUAAGUAACCAGAUAUACAUGAGAUUAAAUUGAGAUUUAUUUAUGAAUAACAUUUACUAUAGUGGUUUUUGGACCUGGAACAUAACAACUCCUCUGUGAGAAGCAAACAUGGAUUUAUUGAGAGAAAACUCUGAAUCAGAGGAUUUAUUAAAGGGAGAAGAGCCACAGCCUCAGUUGUAAGAAUGCCCAGUCGGACAAUAGAAAAGGAGAGAUGGAGGGAGAAGGAGAGGAAGAAGAGUGAGAGCACAGUGUCGAUUGAGGGGGUUAACAAGCUUAGUGCCAACUGGAUUUGGAGGAUUCUGGCAAAGUCCAACGUCUGUGGCGUUUCUAAGGAAACGAGCGCAACAAAGUUCACAGAGCAGAAGCUGAACUUAGUGGAAGCUCGUUGCUGCAUUGAGACGACUACUACAAUCAGUGGAACGCUAAAACCAGGUAAAACUCUCCUACUGGGCACAGGCUGACCAAUGGAGGAUCGCAUGACCUCAUCAUUAACUACGGGUACCGGAAGCAGUUCUGUUGCCAUGGUAACAGACUUAAUGGGAACUGACCCGCAGCAGAGUGCAGGUUCAACCCUCCAGUCUGACGGCCACCUGAGGAACAGGAUCAAAGAGUUAGAGAGGUCAGAGAGGAGCCUGCUGGUGCAGCUCUGUCAGCUAGCCUCUGCCUCCCACCUCCCCAGCAUGCAACACUCCCAGAGGCUGGACCAGAGACUCCACAUGCUUAGAGAGGAGGUCAGAAACAUGACCCAGGAGAAGGAGCGAGGGGAGCGGGCUUGGAGAGAUCGACUGCAACGUUGUCAGAGGCAGCUGAAGGCCAAAGAGGAUGAGAUGAGCCGCCAGUCACAGUACUUUGAGAACUUUAAAACCCAACUCCAACACAAGCUCAGCUUGGCCCGGGACAGAGAGCACAGUCUACAGAACCGGAUCUACACUUUAGAGAAGCAGCUACUGGACAUGACUGUGAGUGCUGCCACUGGCACGACAGCGAUUGGUGCAAUCAGAAUUACUGCCGGGACAGUAACACACUGGGGAGAACAAGAAAGGCUGCCUCCCAUGAGAGGAGAGGGUGAAGGAGAGGAGGAGAGAAAGGAAGAGAGGAGGAGGCAAUGGCAGCCAAGUGUGAGAACUGAUAGAGACGGAGGGCGAGAAGCUGAGAAAGAGACACAAGGUGGAAGAGUCAAAGACACAAAAGAGAGCUCAAAUGAAGCCAGGCUGCAAGGCUUCAUCCUGAGCCUGCAGGAGGAUCUCAGGGUGCUGCUGGAGAGAGAGGAGGAUGGGGUGACAGAGCGGAGGGGGCUGAUGGAGCAGCUUCAGGAGGCCCAGGAGAACACCCACUUCCUGGGCUGCAGGGUGGAGGAGAUGAAAGCAGUGGUGCACCAGCUGAAGCUGUCUGAAAGCUCCUUGUUGGAGGAGGUUGAAGAUCUGAGAGAGGAGAACCACAGACUCCAGCAGAUCCUUCCAGCUAACCAAACACCCAGUCAGUCAGCCGCAGUCCCUGAGUCCACAUACUCGAGUUCUGGUACCAAAACACUAUCAUAUAUCACUGCCAUGGGACACACCUUAGUGGGAAGUCCUGGAGAGGUAACUCUAAAGUCAGAUGAGGGAACAGGCCAGCCUCAAUCAUCUGCAGUUCCACCUGUUCACCACCAGGUUACAGCAGAGAGCGCACAGAACAACACGCAAGAUCAUCCCUCAGCUGCUAAAUCAGAAACGAAAAUGUCUCACCACUUCAGCUCCACAAACAACCCCAGCCUCCAGUCUCUCUCCUUGACUACAGAGACAUUAGAUGAGUUCAAACUGGGGACCUGGUGCUGCAGAGGGAUCCUGAAUCUGGAGGAAAGCCCCAGUGAGGAAUGUGAUGCCCUGAGGGAAGCCUACAGGAGCUUAAGGUUGGGGGAGGAUCUCGAAGCACUUCGAGAGCAGCGUGACCGCAUGGAGGGCGCCCUGGAGCACACACAGGAGAAAAUGCAGGUGAUGGCUCAAGAAAAUGCUCGACUGAAAACACAACUCAGGAAAGAGAAAGAGGCGGAGCAAGUGUCUCCAAGAGAAAAGAUUGGCACGAUGCCCAUUAGCGAUGGAGCUGAAGAUGAAACCAUUCUCGCUCUCGCUCAUGAUGAUCUUGUCCAAGGUCUGAAUCAAGAGAACCGAGCCUUGGCGGACCGCAUCCAGGAGCUCCUGGCUCACGUUGAGCUCAGGGAAGAGGAGAUCAAGAGGGAGAAGACACAGCAGAGGGAGCAUGUCUCCAAGCUGGAGGCGGAUAGAGUUAGGUUGGAGCAGGAGAACCACGAACAAGAGUGUUUGAUUACAGAACUCACCAAGAAGACAGAGGAUGAUCUCAAUACCAUCAUGGAGCUGCAGCAAAGGUUAGUGGACAGUGAACAGCGUGUGGAAGAAUCGCAGGGUGACAAGGAACUGUUUGGAUCUCAAUUGCAAAGUGAAUGUACAGCUGCAAUAUCAGGAAGCUUUCAACAAAACAAUUUGGAAGAAUGUGUGGAUGGUUUGGUGGAAAGCAUGCUGAAAGGAGAAGAACCACAGCUGAUGUCUAGUCAACAACCAGAUGAUUUGAUAGCUGCUUCAACACCUGGUUCUCAACUUGAUAAUCACUAUGAUCCAUCACAGGACAGGCUGCAGAACAGUCUGCUUGUUACUUCAUCGACUGAUCAAGUGGGCCAACUGAGCCUGUCCAUCCAGAGCCUUAAGACAGAGGAAGAGGAGCUGUCAGGCUGUGUGAAUUCUCUCAGAGAGCAGCAGAGAGAAGUAGCUCUGUCUGUCCAAACACAGACAGAGGUGAAACAGCAGUUAACUCGGACAGUUUGGGGACUGAAAGAGGAGAAAGACAUUAUCUCUCAAUCACUGGCUGCUCUCAAACAAGAGCGAGAGCAGCUUACUAGGACAGUCUGUGGGCUGAAGGAGGAGCGAGGUCAGAUUAUAAAGUCUAUGAGUGGCCUGAAAGAGGAGAGAGAGUCUUUAUCUGGUCUCCAGAGAGAAAAAGAGAAACUGUUAGCAGCUCUCUCAAGUGGGAAAGAAGAGAGAGAUCGAAUCAUGCAGUCACUACAAAGUUUACAGACAGAGAGUGGGCAGUUAAGCCAGGCGGUGCUCUAUCUGAAACAGGAGAGAGACGAACUAACUGAUUCCCUGAAGUGUCUGAAAGAACAGAGAGACGGGGAACAAUCAUCUAACACUUCACAAGAAGCCUGCGAAAAGUUAGUAAUAUCAGUCAGCAGUUUGAGAGAAGAAAAAGAGAGAAUUGAGCAUUCAAUCAUUUGUUUGAAACAGGAAGAAAAGCAGAUAAAGUUAUUUCUUCAGGGCCUAAGACAGGAAAGAAACAGCCUCGAUGCUACUCUGCCCAUCCAAACACAAACAGAGGGGAGGAAUCAGACCUGCGACAUUACGACACAGAAGUCUGAAACUCUUGUUGGGACAGGAGCUAUGCAAAGAUGUCAGACUCAUGACCACACAGGAAACUCUGUACAGGAGCAAAGUGAUCUGAUGAGGGAGAUCGAGGCUUUGGGAGCAGAACUGAAGAGGUCACGAGAUGAUCUAGAAAAGAGCCAUGAAGAUAACAAGAGGCUGCACAGUGAAUUGUCCCAGUCAGAAGACAGGAGGGAGGAGGCGGAGAGAAAGGCGGCACAAGCAGCUGACAAGGUGACAAGGCUGACGGAUGUAGCCCAUCAGAUGGAAGAAACCAGAAGGGAAAAUGAGAGCCUCACAGCCCAGGUGAAGGAGUUGCAGAGCAAACUGUCCGGCCUAGUCAGAGAGAAGACUGAUGCUCUGUCACUGAAGGCACAAACAGAGGAGCAAUACAACAUCCUUUCAGCACAGCUCAAAGCUAAGACGGUGGCUCUAGAGGAACUAAACUCGGAGUACAUCGCUCUAAAACGAGGACAGGGCAGCAAGGAUGAUGUGAGCGCUGUUCUCGUCUCACUCAGGACACGUUACGAUGACGUCAGAGCUAAGUAUGAUGCACUCCUGAAAAAGAGGAGCCAGAAUGAUUUGGAUAUAGCUCCUUUAAAGGCCAAGCUGUCUUGCCUGGUGUUAAAGUGUCAGGAGAGGAACAGCUUAUUGGUUCAGAUGAAGAAGGCCAUGCAUAAACAAGGCUGUGUGGACUCCACACUGACACAGCAGGUCGAGCAGCUGCUCAGUGACGUUGCUCUGCAGGACUAUGCUGCAGCAUUCACACCAGGCAGCAAUGUAACCACCCGAGAUCACACCACUCGGUUCACAACAGGAUUCAUUUCCAAAUUUCAAGACUACAACAGUGUAUUCACACCUGAUCAGACCCACUCGACUACAUCCCCACCUGGAAAUCAGCAAAAUGGAUUCGCAACAAAAUCUGGAGAAAAAUGUCAAGAACUACAAAGUGAAAAACACACACCUUUAGUCACCACUGAAUCCACUAGAAAUCUUCAAGACUGCAGUAUUGAAGUCACACCUGCACCAAGACUAAAGACAGAUGCCAACUCACCUGUGCCAACCUCACCAGUGCAAGAGCCUGACCGUGUCAAAGCGACACCAUCACCUGAUGUUUCAGCUCUGAAGGAGAGCUUUAUCACCAAUACAGCUCAGCUCUCUCCCUCUGCCAAUGGACCUGAGAAAUUUAGAUUUUAUUACCAAGAUAUGAAAGGAAAGUCCUCUGAGGCGACCAGUUCGAUUGGAUCGUCACUGAGUCUGACUCCUCCCUGCUGCAGCCCAUGUGUCAGUCCGAGCAGGAGGCUUAGUAGUCCUGAGAAGAUCCUCAACCUACAUGAGCAACUGCAGAAGACUCUAAUGAGCAGCUAUCAGGCUCCAGAGAGUAGAGGAAGAGGACAGCAGCCCAGGAAAUGUCUCUCAUUUUCAGCUCCUGCAGACCUGAGACCAGCCUCUCAGACACAGCAGCAGAGCCUCAGUUCCGAUAAACAACAAACCAACUCUCUCCCAGUCACCGCUGCUGCAAGUCGAGCUAAGCACACUCCAGCAUAUAAGCCAACAACACUUUUUAAUGCAGUGGCUUCUCGAUCUGCUAAUGUUACGCUCAGCCCCAGCAUGUUUACUAACCGUCACUUUAAAGCAGACACAUCUAAAACUAUGUCUGCUCUUUCUAGCUCUUCUAACUUUACUUUUACUGCUUUGGCACCUUGCAAAUCCAACUUAAGCAGUGGCACUAAAAUAGCAACAUCUCCAGAACUGGUACAGAAAAUCACUGCUGUCCCUGACAUAUCGGAUGCUAAACACACAGCCUCUACUCCGUCAACUCAGAGGACCAUUACCGCCGACUCUUAUGUCUUAAUAUAUUCUGACACUAAUCCAAACACCACUGCCUCACACACUACUGCCCCGAGCUUAUCAACUGCCCCCGAGUCAAAACAUUUCAACACACCCUCUAAAAUGGAUAGUGCUGCCGCUGCAGAUCAUGAAUUUGCCGCAUCGUGCACUCGACCUGCUCAUAGCUCUCCUGAGAGAUCCAACAAGUCUGCCAGAAAGUCUGCUGCGGCUCCAGAAAAGACCAAGACAGGAAGACCCAAACCAGGCGCUCCAGCCGAGGUCUGCUCUGUUGAGGUCAUCAAAACAGUGGGCCAGAGCAGCCUCAUGAUUGGCUGGGAGAGGCCGCCCCUCGACGAGCUGGGCUGCAGUAAUGGCACAUUUGUGUAUGGAUACAGGGUGUUUGUUGAUGGGGACUUCCACAAAUCAGUCAUGAGCUCAGCAUGCACUAAGUGUAUUCUGGAGAAUGUCGAUCUGAGUGUCCCAGUCCACAUUAGUGUCCAAACACUGGGCUCCAAUGGUCUCAGCUCAAACUUUGUCCACACCAUGUACAGGACUUCCAUCAGAACAGACCACCACUGACUCACAGUGUCCUAACCACAGCAAACGUAAUGGUGGCAAAGGUCAACAUGAUUGCUGCAUUUUCUCAGUAGAAUCCUUCUCUGCAAGUGGCCAAAGUUUCAGUGUGCACAGCCAUCUAUAGCUGCAGCCCUCUGAGGGGCCGUCCUAACCUCCACCUCGGCAGACAGCGAGGGAGACGUCGUCACGCUGCUGGGAUACCAUCAGGCUCAGGUCAACCUAUCAGAAAAAACUCGUCUCACGUUGUCUCACUUUACCAGCCUAUGAACACGUAGUGACCCGUGGACGGCCGCUAAACCUCAAAACGAUUAACUGAUGUCAAACAAAAUAAGACUCCCGUUUCUGCGCCGAGAGAUAAUCAGCACGUGAAAGCAGGUGAAGAAUCACUUGAUCUUUGUUGGAGGAACUUUCAGAGCUGGAUUCACCUCUUAAAUUGAUCUAAAAGGACAGAUUGGCUGCCAAUCAAACUGAUAAAAAGUGUUACUUCACUAUAAACUAUAUGAAGCCAAGAUCAAUCAAACUGUCAAAGCUGCCUGUUUGAGGGACGUCUGCUGCACAUUUUAACACUGUGUGAAACACAGAGAGAUCAUGUGUCAUACUGCUUCAUCAGAUCCAUGCUGCUGCCUCUCUGGACUCUGUGACAUGAACAGCUGGAGGGACACUCACUGUAUCAAAAGCCUUUUUUUUAAGCAACACAUAAACUGUACAAUGAGCUGAUGCAACAUUGUACCCGUGGGUCAUCUUACUUGAUUUUUACACAUGAAGCCAAAAAAAAAAGAUUCACUCCAAAGACUUUAUCUGUCUCCUCACAGGUCUACGGGAUUACUUCAAACACUGAAGUAAUUUAGGUUCUGAAAUUUGCACACAGUCAUUAUUGCUAUCUAGAUAAAAUUAAAAAAAAGAGAUUAUCACUGAUAUUUUUUGUAGAGAAUAUUAUAAAAAAAUAUGCCAAUGUACCACAAACUGUACUUCUUUUUGUAUGAGUGACACACUAUGAGUUUUUCAUAACUAAUAGAUGUUACGUUUGCACGCGCAUAUUGUUUUAUACACUGUUCACAACACACACAUAUUGUAUAAUGUUCUUUUGCUACUUCCUGUUGUAUGUGCGGGUGUGGAGUGAUCAUGGUGCAGCAAAGGUAUUUUUUUAUCAGUAAUUGGAAAUAUUGAUUCCUGUUGAUUCCUUAAGCCUGUACAGAGAAUAAAUGUUUAUAUAAUAUUAA